AUAUAUACUGCUUGCUUGGGAGUGACGAUGUCUGCGCUUGUCGCUCCGGCAGUCUUACCAACUAAUACUGUUACGCGUAAUUCUUCCCCCAUGGAUGCUAAAAAGACCAGUAUCAAAAUCGAAGGUUAGUCUAGUCGUCCCUUCUUUUCUCGUGUCGAGUCCGUGGAACACAGAAUGUCUUUUUGUUUUUGCUUGACCCUUGAUUGCGUGCCAUACUUUCCCCAGAUCUUCUUUUUCCUUUCAAACGUGUCGGGAUGACCUCACUAUUUUCGUCAUCCCUCAUAUUUAUUGUCUUUUACCUCUUUCAUAUAUGACGUCGAAGGGUCUUAUCUCUUUGCAACUAUACACACACGCUCUCUCGUACGGAACGCGCUGUCGCGACUUGAUGUUUUCCCCCACGACCUCUUUCGCUUACUGAAAUAUUAUUUUGAUGUGGCUUUCAGACUCACAAACUUCAACAGAAUCCAAAGACCAGAAGAAACCAGAAGUUGACCCCCAAUCCGUCCUGGCGCGUCCCCCACGACCAGCCGCAACCAGCGCCACCGAUACCCCGGAUUAUUUCAACUCUGUCCACAACCCUUUCGCCCUGGAGCCAAAUCCCUUUGAACAGUCGUUUGGUGGUGGUUCCUCGGGUGAAACACCGGGAAAAUCGAUCCUUCCUCCUGUCGCAGCCCUCACAUCACCUGCACUGCCCGGCGCAAACUCUGGUGGAGGCGGCUAUAACUGGUCCAACUCCUUGCGCUCAGGACCCCUGAGUCCUGCAAUGCUUGCAGGCCCUGCUGGAGGCAGUGAUUACUUUGAUAGUAUUGGCAGAGGCUUCCCGACCCCCAACGAGUCGUCGCUGCGCACUGGACUGACGCCGGGCGGUGGGGGUUCUAUGUUCCCUGCCCCUAGCCCUAACUCACAAGCUCUUCUCCAGCAAUUGCAAAGCGGGGGCGCGACACCGUCGACUAUUGAAUUCCACCGCACUGCGCUGAACGCUGCCAAGAAAAACGGCGUUGCACCUACAUCUAACCCAGUUCCCGAACCCGACCAGGCUCACACCGUAACAGCAGCUAUGGAAAUCAAAGGAAACCAACCGGCUGCUGUCGAUCCCUUUGGCCACCAUGACGCCGCAGACGCCGCCAACGGACUUUUCAUGCUAGCCAAGGGCGGACAACCAGCUCCCAACCAAUUCACAGUAGCCGCUCAGGCUGCAAUCCCACCCCAGACCGUUGAGACCAACGAUAGACGCCAUUCAGGCAACGUAAAUGGCGUGGUAAAUACCAGAAGGGAAGGCAGUGACGAUGUCUCAGAUAUGAAGGAACAAAUGAAACCAGCGGGCAAGGGCAGAGGCAAGAAGAAUGCAUCUACAAAGGCCACAACAGCGGCGGGCAACAGGCGCAAAGCAGAAGAGCCUGCCCAGGGAUCAAAUAAAAAGACAAAACUUCACACUGGCUCCGCCAGUACGGAACUCUCUUAUGACGAUGACUCGGAAGAUGACGCACAAAGCCAGAAACCCCAAAAUGAUACGAAGAAAAUGACUGACGAAGAAAAGAGGAAGAACUUCCUGGAAAGAAACCGUGUUGCGGCACUUAAAUGUCGACAACGAAAGAAACAGUGGCUUGCCAAUCUCCAAGCCAAGGUCGAACUGUUCACGUCCGAAAAUGAUGCACUUACCACGACUGUCACUCAAUUGCGCGAAGAAAUUGUCAAUUUGAAAACAUUGCUGCUUGCUCACAAAGAUUGUCCAGUCACACAGGCGCAGGGGCUUAUUUGGAAUCCGGGAUACUCUUAAGGAGAAUAAUAUGACUUGAUUAUUUUUAGUUGAUUUUGUACUUGCUACGGAGAAACAAACUUGCUCAAAAGCAUGCUUUGGCUGAGUGACUGAUUGAUUACUUGAUUGAGUUGGAGGUACGGAGUAGAUCCCAUCCGUUCACGUUCAAGGAUGGAGCGAGCCAUCAUAUGCAGUGUAGAAUCUAGAGAGUAGGACAAAAAUGCCUCGAACUGCACAUACACCCACGCACGUACACGACACGAACCACAAUUCCCACAUCUGAUAUGAUCUCUCACUUCCAGCCCCCUUUCUGAAGACUCUCCCGUGACAAAUCCAAUAUCCCAUUAAAUGUGAUAUAUGACAAAGCCAGGUACCAGAAUGCUCACCG